GGAACAGACAUGCUCUGCUUCUGGAGAUCCUAUCUACUGUCCUACGGGACAGCCUGGCAGAUACAGUAUAUGUAGAAACCCUGCCUGAUUCUAGUCUCCACCUGCCUGAGAAGGACUUGAGAGGAUAUUGCCCUGGAACUUGUCAGGGAUCUGCUGGUGGGAAGAAAACACAACGAGCAGUCGCACUUCUCCGUUCUCUGGAUUUUGUCUGACCUCAGGCGCUCUGGAGAUUGGAAGGAGCCCGACCCAUUGGAGCCUUUCUCUAUAAGACAAGACAAUAUACAACUGCAACAUGCCCUCCAUGUUUGGGAGAACUACCAAGAAAUUGGUCAAAGAGAUCGGAGACCAAGAGCUCAGACCUGUCAAAUGCUUGGUGACCGCCACCAAGAUACGCCGGUUUUCUCUAAUACAGAGGAAGAAGGCUCGCUCUCGGUUUUGGCAACUACCUGAUGUUCCACUUGAUGUUUCCCUCAUGCAUAUCCUCGAACCAGGUUCUUCGGUUCCAGACGCUGCUGUGAAAGUGUCUGCGGACUUCAGUGACACUGAGGUCAUGAAGCAGCAGGUGGCUGGGAGAGUGAAUGCUGGGGCAGAAGCGGGCUUCUCGGAGGAGACUGCUGUGAGCCGAGGGUCCUCCCUCGAGUACCAGAUUGUUAGCACCCCACACGAAACCUGGGCAGAGCUUGAGAAGAGGAAACUGCCGGACCCAGAGCCGUACUUUCUGAAGCAGUGCCGGGAAGCAGGGGUGAAUCUGUAUGUUGUGACUGAGACUGUGGAGCUGCGCAACAGCCCUGUGCUGCAGGAUCAUAGCAGCAUGAACAUCUCGGGGAAAUUCUCCCUCCCUCUGAAUUUUUUUGUCAAGGGUGAAGGACAGGGAGGGGGUCUCAAAGUGAGAGAGAAGAAGCUGACUGUGCCGAAGGGCUCGGUGAUGGCCUAUAAGAGGAAGCAGCUGGUUUUCAACGAGAAAGACUGGGGCAUUCACCACAUCGCAGAUGAUGAUGAUCAGGAAACCUUUCCAGCAGGUGAGUUGGUCGGGUUCUCUGCUUGGACCUUAGGCCCUGCUGAAUAAAUUGUAAGUCUUCAGAGAUUAAUUUUGUAUAGUAAUUUGAUUUCUCUUCUGGGCGGCAUGGACCCUGUCGCCCCUCCAAUGGGUGGCAUGGGAACUCCCACACUUCGAAUGGCCUUCGAAGACAGGUCAAAUUACGAUGAGCAAACCAUUUCAUUAGGGGCAGAUUUCAAACUGCUACAAGAGGAGGCUUCCCAGAAGGUAAAAGCAGCCAAGCUCUCAAAGGACAUGCAGAACGUUGUGUUCUCCAACCUCCUGGCCAUGCUUGGGGACCGCGAGGCUCUUCAGGACCUCAUGGACAAGCUUGAACAGGAACCCUUCGGUCAUUUGGAUGGCCCUGGUGGCACCAUCCUAACUGAACUGCAAAAGGACUCCUGCUAUCCAGGGGUUGGCUCAAAGUUCCUCAUCCUUUACCUGCUUGAAACCUUAAUGGUGCUGAGUGACAUCCAACAUGUUCUGCUGGCUCAGUCUAUGGAGAAGAGGAUCCUCCUCCCGCAGAGGGACCUGGUGAGGAGCAUCCUGAAGCCCAACUUCAACUGCUCCCAGAACACUCCCUUUACCCUCCAGCCUGAGCUCCUGGCCCCACUCCAAGGGGAAGACUUGGCCAUUACCUAUGGGCUGCUGGACGAGUGUGGCCUGAAGAUGGAGGUGAACAGCCCUGGGUCAACCUGGGACCCGGAAGCCCAGGAGCCCCUGUCUGCCCUCUAUGGGGCCCUCUCCGUGCUGAGCCAGCUGGCUGAGGCCUGAGCCCUCCUGGGGGGCAGGCCAGGGAGUCAGUCCUGGUCCUGUCCUUUGCUGCAAACACCCGCAGGCUGUUCUCUAUAUUGAUGAGUUUGUAUCUAAUCCACAAAUAAGUGAUAAGUCUUUGUCUUUGAUUUAUUUCGCUUAGCACAAGACCUGCAAGGUUGGUCCAUGUUGUCACAAACCACAGGCAACUCUGGCUGCUGAGUGGGGGGAUGGGUUGGAAGGUGGGAGCCCACGUGGACGUAGGGAGAACAUUGAAGGAGUUUCUCUAAUUGCCCAGGCACUGAGUGGUAUAUUUUAAAAGAUCAGUGGUAUAUCUGAAAAGGUAGGAGCU